GCUCCGCUCGGUCACAGUGAACUUUGGCAAAGCGCUCUGUGGAUGCUGACAGGAGUCGCUUCUCUCGGGCGCUGCUGGCACGCGCUGUGGAUGCGAAACAACAGCAAGGUGACUGUUUUAAGAUGAAGACAUGCAGACGCCACUUGGAACGGCUGACUGCUUUAAAAACCUAACGCCAACUUGUGUGUGACAUGCUGUGGAUUUCCUGUGUCAUACUUCAAUGAAAUAUGGAAGCGAAGAUGAACUUAGUUUGGGAUAAACUCAUGUACAAUAUGAUGUGACGGAGCUGGAAUAAUGCGUAGCUUUGCUUGAUGUUCUGAGUUUUCAAAACCAAAUGUGGAAAUAUGUGAAGGCAUUUAUGAGAACAAAACAUCAUGGCAGAACUUUAUGAAAGGAGAUAAUCAUUAUUUGGAUGGACUGAAAGAGGCAGAAGGAAUAUGGUGAACUCAUCUCCAGCGGUUGCUGCUCACGCAGAGGGAGAAGAGAUCGAGGUGCUGGAGAGCACUGAUGUCCUUCCUGUAGCUCCAGAGGACCAAUGGAAGUGUCUUUUUGACAAGUAUGACCCAGAGAAUUCAGGCUUCAUCAGUACUGAGCGUUUCCGAGAUCUGCUUGCAGCUCAUGGAUCAGAACUGGACCCUCACAAGCUGGAAGUUCUUCUUGCCCUUGCUGAUGCAAAUGCUGAUGGAAAGAUCUGCUACCAGGAUUUUGUUAACCUGGUGAGUUCUGCAGAUGAACUUAAGAUGAGUAACAAGCGUUCAAACAGUUUUCGUCGAGCAAUCCUGCAGGGCAGUCGACAGCUCAGGAAUUCUGCUUUGAGAGAGGAAGUGGGCUUGGGUCUGUCUCGGAGACUUGUGCGUCAUGUUGCCUAUGAGACUUUGCCCAGAGAAGUGGACCGCAAAUGGUACUUUGACAGUUACACCUACUGUCCACCACCAUGGCUUAUGCUGGCCAUCACUAUAACAGAGGUUGUUGUCUUUAUGUAUUAUGGACUGCAGCUGAAUCGCUGGGUUCUGCAGGUAUCAUCGCCAUAUUUCCUGAAGGGCCCAUUGCCAUACCACCCGCAGCUCAGAGCUCAGGCCUGGCGAUUCCUUAGCUACAUCUUUAUGCACGCUGGAAUUGAACACCUGGGUCUAAACAUGGCCAUGCAGCUUUUGGUGGGUGUGCCAUUGGAGAUGGUCCAUGGAGCUUUGAGAAUCGGCCUAGUUUAUGUGUGUGGUGCACUGGCAGGCUCUUUGGCUGUUUCUGUGACGGAUAUGACAGCACCUGUGGUUGGAUCAUCAGGAGGAGUCUAUGCACUGGUUUCUGCUCACCUCGCUAAUGUCGUCAUGAACUGGUCAGGGAUGAAGUGUCAGUUCAAGCUCUUUCGCAUGGCAAUGGCUCUGGUGUGCAUGAGUGUGGAGUUUGGCCGUGCUGUCUGGCUUCGGUGCUAUCCCCCAGCCUUCCCACCAUGUCCUAAUCCCAGCUUUGUGGCCCAUCUGGGGGGUGUGGCAGUGGGCCUCACCCUUGGAGUUGUGGUUCUUCAAAACUAUGAACAGCGUUUGCAAGAACAGUCCUUGUUCUGGAUCUUCUUCAGUGUCUACACACUCUUUAUCCUCUGUGGAAUCUUCUGGAACAUUUUUGCUUACAAUCUCUUGGACGUCAAGUUACCCCCGCCUCCUUGAAGCACAGAGUGUGUUUGUGUGUUUCAAAUGACUAACAAAAUAUUUUAGCUGUCGUAAAGGUCAUAAAUGACUAAACAAAUGUUAAGUACCUUACUGCAGUCCUCCUGCGAUGUUCGUGUUAGUGCCUAAACCAUGCCAAGUACUAGCAUCGUCAAAGCGGUUCAAAAAAGCAGAUUGAGAUUUCUACGCAGUGAUGAGUGUAAAUUUGCAGGACAGGCUGAAAAGCGCUUUUGACAUCUACAUACUUUGAGGGCUUUCAGCAAUAGCACAAAUAUUAUUUUCAAAAUAAAACUGCUGCAGGCUUGUCAGCUGAGUAUUAUCGUUAUUAAAUAUCAGUAUUUUAUGAGGACAUUUGAAUAAGUGUUCUAUAUUUUUAUAAAAUAUAAAGACAUGAGGUAGUAUGAAAGCACUGAUGCAGUCUGUUGUGUGUGAAGAACCAUUAAAAGAUAUUCAAGAAUAACCAAAGUAGCAAGAAAUCAAAUGAACAGCAAAUUAAUGUAUUAUAAAUGUUUCAGUGUAUCACAUUAGCUGGAAUGCUUUUUAAUGAAAUUAUUUUAAGGAGACUAACUCCCCCUCUUCUUCAAAGUUGGACCACUACUGCAGGAAGGGAGUUUGCGGUACCAGAAUUCAAAUCUUUGUCUUAAAAUUUAUUUACUAAAUCAUAUAUUUAAAUCAUGUGUUAAAGUAAGAACAGUGUGACUAGCAAGAGUGACCAAAAAUCAAGUCAUUUUGGGUGGUAUAUAUGACACAAAAAGGUAAAUUGGUAUUGUUAUAAGCUGUCUAAUAUAUACACGUUUGUAUUACAGUAGUUUUGGAAUUAAUUGUGAUUGUGCAGCUCAAAUUAACAUCUACUGUACCUAAAA